UAUCUUUUCAACUAUUAGCAUUUCCUUUCAAUUCUCUCUUCCCCUCCAUCUGACAAAUUUCAUUGUUAUUUUGUUGUCCCUUUAUUUCUCUGUAAAAAAAAUUUCCAUUUGUUUUUGGUUUCCUUCAUAAUCUUUGAACAUAUCUGGUUGAUGACCCUCUCUAGAAUAUUUCAUAAAGUGUUUUUUUAAAUCAUCUAUAUACGUGCCUUACAUUUAGGCCCUCUUUUCUUCAUUGUUGAAUCUAAACUUUGCCCCCAAAUUUCAUCUUGUUAUUGUUUAACAUUAUCCUGGGCAUACAUCGUCACAUAAAUUGACGAAUUAAUGUGAAAAUUUCGGUAUCAAGGUCUCUUGCUAAUAAAACAAUGUAAUUGGAGGUGCAACCCUAGGCUAGCUUCCCUAUCGAUUCUUCUUCGAUUAGGGCUCUGCUACGCGCGAUCCUUCCUGAUUGAGAGAUAUCGUCAAACCCUAACGUAAAAAAUCGACAAGUAGUCGUGAUGGUUGAUUCAUUAACUCGAGCCCGUGUCAUCUCGAAGAAGACGAUAAAAAGGCUCGACGUGAGAGCCAUCAUCCCGAUCCAUGCAUGCAUGAUUCCAUUGAGCCGGCAGAGAUUUCUGAAGCUGCUCGGGAUCAAGAUGGCGUGGGUUGGUGUUAUGGGCUGCAUUUGCUCCAAAGGACGUCAACAACCCAAAAAUGGCGGCGGCGGCAAGAGCAAAGACAACAAGGGCAAGAAAUGUUCCAAGCGAAGUGCGUCCAAAAGAGACGAGGAGAUCGACACCGACGAAUAUUACGACGGAGGGCUUGGGAUCUUCCCCUUGACCCCUAACGACGAUCAGGAUGACAAGAAGAAUAAGAAGAAGAAGAGCAGAUCCAAUCAUCAUUUCUCGAGCGUGGCGCUCGGGGAGAAAGCUGGUCCGGUCGUCGCCGGCUGGCCUUCUUGGCUGACUGCGGUGGCUGGUGAAGCAAUCAAUGGUUGGAUCCCAAGAAGGCUUGAUUCCUUUGAGAAGUUGGAAAAGAUUGGACAAGGGACGUAUAGUAGUGUUUAUAAGGCACGUGAUUUAGAAUCGAGGAAGAUAGUUGCGCUAAAGAAGGUUCGGUUUGCGAAUAUGGAUCCAGAGAGCGUGAAGUUCAUGGCGAGAGAAAUCAUCAUUCUAAGGAGGCUUGAUCAUCCUAACGUGAUGAAACUUGAAGGCAUUAUUACCACGACAACGUCUGGUAGCUUGUACUUGGUUUUUGAGUACAUGGAUCAUGAUCUCUCUGGAUUGUUGUCAAGUUCAGGAUCCCAAUUCACUGAAUCACAGAUAAAAUGCUACAUGAAGCAGCUGCUCAGUGGGUUGGCCCACUGCCACAGCCGGGGAAUCAUGCACCGCGACAUCAAGGGAGCCAACCUCUUGAUCGAUUCCAAGGGGAAUCUCAAGAUCGCUGAUUUCGGACUAGCAACUUUCCGCACAACGCCUUAUCGUCGUCAACUGACGAGCAGGGUGGUGUCGCUGUGGUACAGGCCUCCGGAGCUCCUGCUCGGCUCCACGGACUACGGAGUGGAAGUCGACCUGUGGAGCUCCGGAUGCAUACUGGCCGAGCUGUUCAACGGCGGGAAGCCGAUCCUGCCCGGAAGAACGGAGGUGGAGCAGAUCCACAAGAUCUUCAAGCUCUGUGGGUCCCCCAGCGAGGAGUACUGGAAGUCGAAGACGUCGAAGCUGUCCCACACCGCCAUUUUUAAACCUCGGCAGCGUUACGAGAGGAGGGUUGGCGAGAAGUUUAAGGACACGCUGCCGUCGUCGGCUCUAGGGCUUGUUGAGGCGCUGCUUUCUGUGGAUCCUGAAAAUCGCGGCUCCACGGCUUCAGCACUUGCUAGUGAGUUUUUCACGACAGAACCUCUUCCCUGCGAGCCAUCUAGCUUGCCCAACUACCCUCCAAGCAAGGAAUUCGAUGUCAAGCUCCGGGAAGAUGAAAACAAAAGGAAAAGAGUAGCAGGAGGUAAAGGCAAAGGAAGGGAAUCGGAACGGAUAUUCACAAGAGGGGCUAAAGUCAUUGCAACUAUUAAUAGUAAUAUAGACGUGCAUAUCUCAGCAAAGAGGAGAAAAGAGCGGGAUCAAAGGGAGAAAGCAACGAGGAAUAACGAAAGGUCGAAGAACAAGAAAGAGGCACAUGAUGAUGAAGCUAACUCCAAUGGAACCACAUCAACAAGAAACGCUGCAAACUCACUUGAUGAAUUAGUAGCUGCAAGAAGGAACUCAUCAAACCAAACAACAUCAACAGCAGCUAAUUAUAAGCUAUCGAGAUAUAUAUAUAUAUAUCGAUCUUCAUCUAAGUGAUGAUUUCAGCUGAUUGGUUUGAUUGUUGUUGGUGUUUUGUGGUCGUGAAGAAGGGUGGUACUAGUAUGCAUAUGCAUCACUCGGGGCCAUUGAUGACCGCAGGAGGCAACAUUGAAGAGAUGCUGAAAGAACACGAGAGGAGGAUCCAACAUGCAGUCAGGAAAGCGAGAUCCGCCAAGAACAACAACUUCCAUGAUCACGAUGAUGAUGACGACGACGUCGAUGGUUAAAAUAAUAUACAUGAUUUUGCAUAUAUAUGCUCAUUAAUUAAUAUUCUUUAAUGUGGCUUCUAAGUUGAAUGAUCUGAUCAAUCUUAUUGAGAGACGGAGGAUGUCAACGUCGAACGACCAUAGGGGAUUUAUAUGAAUGUGGAUGUACUCAUCAGUAAUCCAAAUACAAGGUCUCGAAGAAGGAAAGUGAAGUCUUUUGACUUUUUCGCUCCGUCGGAAACGAGGGGUCAAAGAAAGCAAGAAAAUAAGAAAUUGGGGUUUUGUUUGCACGUCUUUGUAAUUAAUGUGGUACCACUUGAAAAUCUAUAAAGAAAUUGUUCAUUAUAUUAUAUGAAAAUCUAUAAACAAUUGUGGUGAUUAAUUAAUUCGAUGGGCUGUUGGAU